AUGAACGGCGUCGGACUCUUCCUGCGCAUGGCGGUGGGGGCGCGUGCCCUCCGGUCCCUGGUGGCUUUUCCCGCGAGCCGGCGCCCGCUGCGCACCAGUCCGCGGAGCCGAGCUUUCGCCAAGGAGCUCUUCCUGGGCAAAAUAGAGAAGAAAGAAGUUUUCCCAUUUCCAGAAGUUAGCCAGGAAGAACUUAAUGAAAUCAAUCAGUUUGUGGGACCCGUGGAAAAAUUCUUCACUGAAGAGGUGGACUCUCGAAAAAUUGACCAGGAGGGAAAAAUCCCAGAGGAAACUUUAGAGAAGUUGAAGAGCCUGGGGCUUUUUGGUAUGCAGGUUCCAGAAGAAUAUGGCGGCCUGGGCCUCUCCAACACCAUGUACGCACGACUAGGGGAGAUCAUCGGCCUGGACGCGUCAAUCGCUGUGACCCUGGCAGCACACCAGGCUAUUGGCCUCAAGGGGAUCAUCUUGGCCGGCAGUGAGGAGCAGAAGGCCAAGUACUUGCCCAGGCUGGCGUCGGGAGAGCACAUUGCAGCCUUCUGCCUUACGGAGCCAGCCAGUGGGAGUGAUGCAGCCUCCAUCCGGACCAGAGCCACGCCGAGUGCAGACGGGAAGCACUUUGUCCUCAGUGGCUCCAAGGUCUGGAUCACCAAUGGAGGACUGGCCAAUAUUUUUACCGUGUUUGCAAAGACUGAGGUUGUUGAUUCCGAUGGCUCGGUAAAAGACAAAAUCACAGCAUUCAUAGUAGAAAGAGACUUUGGUGGAGUCACUAAUGGGAAACCUGAAGAUAAGUUAGGCAUUCGGGGCUCCAACACUUGUGAAGUCCAUUUUGAAAACACCAGGGUGCCCAUUGAGAACGUUCUUGGAGAAGUUGGAGGUGGGUUUAAGGUGGCCAUGAACAUCCUCAACAGUGGGCGAUUCAGCAUGGGCAGCGCUGUGGCUGGGAUGCUCAAGAAAUUGAUCGAAAUGACUGCUGAAUAUGCCUGCACAAGGAGACAGUUCAACAAAAAUCUCAGUGAAUUUGGAUUAAUUCAGGAGAAGUUUGCACUGAUGGCUCAGAAGGCUUAUGUAAUGGAAAGUAUGGCCUACCUUACUGCAGGGAUGCUGGACCGACCGGGGUUUCCUGACUGCUCCAUGGAGGCGGCAAUGGUGAAGGUGUUCAGCUCCGAGGGCGCCUGGCAGUGCGUGAGUGAGGCGCUGCAGAUCCUCGGGGGCUCAGGCUACAUGAGGGACUACCCGUACGAACGCAUGCUGCGCGACAGCCGCAUCCUCCUCAUCUUCGAGGGGACAAACGAAAUCCUCCGCAUGUACAUCGCCCUGACAGGUCUGCAGCAUGCCGGCCGCAUCCUGACUGAAAGGAUCCGUGAGCUUAAACGGGGCAGAGUGAUCACAGUCAUGGAGACUGUCAGCCAGAGGAUUCGGGAUUCCCUGGGCCGAACUGUGGACCUGGGGCUGACAGGCAAUCUUGGAGUUGUACACCCCAGUCUUAAGGACAGUGCCAACAAGCUCGAGGAAAACGUGUAUUCCUUUGGCCGGACUGUCGAGAUGCUGCUGCUCCGCUUUGGCAAGACCAUCGUGGAAGAGCAGCUGGUGAUGAAGCGUGUGGCCAACAUCCUCAUCAACCUGUACGGCAUGACGGCCGUGCUUUCACGGGCCAGCCGCUCCAUCCGCACUGGGCUGCAGAACCACGACCAUGAGGUUCUGUUGGCCAACAUGUUCUGCGUGGAAGCUUAUUUCCAGAACCUCUUCAGCCUAGCUCAGCUGGACAAGUAUGCUCCAGAAAACCUAGAUGAGCAGAUUAAGAAAGUGUCCCAACAGAUCCUUGAGAAGCGAGCUUACAUCUGUGCCCACCCUCUGGACAGGACGUCCUGAGGCAGGGGGACAGUGUUCCCUGCUGCCACCUGCCCCCAGGCCACAGCUCAUUGGUACACAACUCUUACUCUCCUUUCAGAAGGUGGAGAACUUGGGGUUAUCAGUUGAGCCAUUUCUUCCCAGCCUGUACUCAAGGGCUUUCUCCUCACCUGAGGGAGUCUUUUCUAGGGUGUGCCCUGCAGGCACUGAGACAGAGUGGAAUGGCUGGUGCCUGGAAUGUGCAGGGAUUCUGGCACUCGAGGAGACACUGUGGUGGAGACUGGGGCUUGUGCUGUUGCCUCUGUGGCAUGAGGCUGGCAGAGACCUGUUUCAGGCAUGGAUGGUCAUUUCUACUAGACCACAUCCCUAAGAAACAGCUUAAAAGCCACAUACAUGUCACUCAUUUAAUCCAGAAGCAAAAUGCACUGAAAACAUGUACCAGGAACCACUGAGCAAAAAAGAAUAAAAUGUCACAAUUUGUGUGCAUUCUUCUA